UUAUGCACCUAACCACAGACAAUCAAUCCUCACGAAUACACCGCCUCAUUCCCCUCACCUAAUCCCUUCUCUCUCUCCUCCUUUCCCAUUUCGCGAGGCCUCGAAGUGGCCGGUAGAGAACCUCCGUGAAAGGACCUGUCUUCUUCGUUCGUGGCCGUCGAAGACAAGGGUCAUCCUUUCAAUCCUUGCCCGACCGACCAAUCCUUGGCUAGCCACCAAACCCUAAGAUGAUUCUGAAUGGAUGCUCGGUCACUCCGAGUAUUUCCCCCAACGUAUUCAACUCAAAGUCUCGUUUCUCGGGUUCAUAUGGUGGCAUCCCUCCUCUGCCUUCCCGUGUUUCAAAUCAAAGCAUUAGGAGUUCAUGGAAACUCUUUCAAGGGCUGACAUUGCAGUCUUCCAUCGGGAAUACUCGUCUUCAGCAUCUUGCGGCUGCAUCAACACCAUUCUUUAGUGGUAAUGAUUGUAGCUUUGCAUGUAGUACGAUACCCACAGUUGGUAGGCAGAAGCUGCGACCUUUUCUGGCCCCACCAAGAUCUUCCAUCGAGAUGCCUUGGAGUAUUCGUUACCCUGCUUCAAAAGGCGAGAAGGUAAAGUGGUGGUGGAGAACCCUAGCAUGUCUCCCAUAUAUCAUAUCCCUCCGCGAUACAUGGAAGUAUUGGGAAGCAGCGUAUCGUCUCUACCCAUCCUUGGAGCAAUUCGAGUUCUUGACAUCCGGAUUUUACCGGGCUUUUGACAGAUUGCCAAGAUGGUUUGUCAUGGUAUAUUUUACCGCUGCAUAUCUUGGUGUGGUUAGGAGAAAGGAACUUCCCCACUUCUUGAGGUUCAAUACAGUGAUGUCCAUGCUAAUGGAGAAUGCCAUUCAGAUUCUGGAGACGGCGAGCAGUUUCUUUCCAUGUGCAUUAUUUUUGGGUAGGACUGGUUAUCAGCAUUUUUGGAUUGGUCUUGGAGUUGUCUACAUGUUGACAGUGUUGGUAUGCAUGGGGUCCUCCAUACUUGGGAUGUAUGUUGAAGUUCCGCUAGUCAGCGAGGCGGCUUUUAUCCAUACAAAGAUGUAGGAUACAAGGAUGUGGCUCUUCUGGUCAGGCUUUGCUUUUUCUUUCUUGGGGAGGUUAUUACAAAUGACAUUUUCCAGUUAGCACUGAAAUUUAAACAUUAUGAAGGAAGUUCGAAAUAUCAAGUAGGUGUCACUAGGUACGGCUUUUACGUGUGUUUUCAUCUCUUUGGUUCUAAGGUUGAUUCUCCUUAUUGUUUCAUAUCCUGCUUUUCUAGGUCUUUUGUGCGAGUCAGAAAUUGAGAGAUUGUUUUGAUCCGUUGGGUUCAGAAGAUUGUAUUGAGUUCGAGUUCAGUUUCUUUUACAUUAGGGUUGCAGUGGGGACAAAUUCUUAAUAUGGCAAGAAUGUUGUAUGUUGUUUGAGAACUGAGUAGUAGUCUAGUUCCAAUGAAAUUGCGCUUUCUGUUCUGGUGAUUGAAGAGACAAAAA